AUGGUUGCUAAUCAAUAUUCUUCUUCUGCUUUCUUCUCCUCGUCCAUAACAUCGACUAUCAUCUUACACGACGGCUUCUUGUCUCCUUCACCCGCGUUUCCUCUUGAUCCACUAUCUACUUGUAUCGUCCCCUACUCGAUACCUGCUUCGCCGGCUCCUCUACCUCUCACUGCUUUGAUCGAUUGCGACCUCUUCAUUGAUAUUGACGACGACCCUUCAUCAACUUCUCUGGCCACUGUCAUAACUUUGCCUCCCAAAUCACUGAUCCAUACAGGAUCAUCACCCAAGGCACCUGGCCAACCACUCGGUCCCCCACCUGAUCCAGAACAAAACGGUGACAACCAAAAUCCACAACGACCCCCUAUCAGACCGAACGCUGGAAUACGAUCCCGAUUCGAUCAGGAACCAAACCCAUUCGAACAAUCUUUCUCUCGAUCGUCACAUCAUUCAAGCUCUUCCCUUUCUGAAGACAGAAAUACCCCUCCUCGAGGUACAGACGCCACAAGUACUCGACACAACGCUUUACCACCCUUAUCUUCUUUGACGAGCCCAGCUGCGGCCGACCCCAGUCAAUUCCCUUGGCUCGCGAAUUCUCUUCGACAAGGCCCAUUAAGUCCGGCAAUGCUUGCUGGUCCUCAGAGCGGCCACCCGCAGUCGAACAACUCGAACAAUCGAGCUGGUGGUUCCAACGAAACAAACGGGAAUCAAAACGAGAACAACGGUGCAUUUGGCGAUUCAACUGGCUUCAGAACUGGAUUCACUCCAGGUACUGGGUCAGGUUUCACUCCUGCUGGAUAUAACUCGUUUAUGGGUCCCGGACUUGGUGCACUUGCCAUGCCUUCUCCCAAUACCGCCGCUUUCCUCAACAGCAUCACGAACUCUACACCACUGGGCGAAAACAGUGAGAUAGCUGCUGCUGCGGUCGCAAAUGGUCAUCCUAUGCCUAAUUCAGGAGACGCCAACCACAUUCAUCCACCCACCGCUAUACCACCUCAUUUACAACAGCACCAUCCAUUGCCACAUAAUAACUCCCAAAAUGAGGUACCACAAGACACCAUCACACCGAAUACGUUGUCCGCCCUUACCGGUGUUUUUGGCGAUAUGACAAGAGCUCAAGCCGGGCCCCAACCUGCGCCACCAUUUUACAAUUCUCAAAUGGGACCUCCUCAUCCAGGCGCAGUACCCGUACCGAUGCCUCACGUUGAUUAUGCUCAACAAAGCGCUAACGCAGCAUCUCAAGCUGCGAACGGAUUGUUCUUGUUAUCUCAAGCACAUCAAGAACUCUCCAAGCGCGAAGAAGAAGGCAGAGGUGGAACGCCUGCGAAAGGUAGAGGUAAAAAUGCAAAUGGUAAUCAAGCUGGACAGAAGAGGAAAUCGGACACGGGACCAGCUAAACCUCCUGCUGCUAAAAAAGGAAAGAAAAACUCAUUAUCUGGACCUUCUUCAACACCGCCAAAACCCCCUUCUGCGAAACAAGAAAGCUUUGAUGAUUCUGAUAUGUCAGAUGACGAUGGACCAAGAUUCGGUGCGGAUGGUAAACCGGAAACCGAGGAGGAUAAGAGAAAGAACUUCCUUGAACGUAAUAGGCAGGCCGCAUUGAAAUGUCGACAACGGAAGAAAGCAUGGUUGAAUGAACUUCAAUCCAAAGUAGAAGGAUUGACAUUGGAAAAUGAACGAUUACAACAGACCAUUCAAUCAAUGCAUGAAGAAGUUGGAAGAUUAUCAGCCAUACUUAUGAACCAUCGGGAUUGUGGUUUAACAAUGCCAACAGCUUAUGGUAGACCGAUUCGUUAG